CGCCUUCUCGCGUUGCCAACAUGGCGUCGUCGCAGCGACGAAGGUCCGGUGGCAGGCAGCCCGUCGUUGACGGCUCGGCCCUACUGGCGAAGCGGUGUGCGCCUGAAAGAGCGGUGUGGCGGUGAAUCGCCGCGACGAAUGCGUCGUCGCGCACCACCGUCGUCAUGGAGUGCAGCGCCGACGUGGUUCUGCAAGUGCGCGACAUGGACGCGCUGCACGGCUGCCUCGAGCGCAUCCGGUCUCUCUUCAACGUGCGUCCGGAGAUCGUGAGCGUGGACGAUGUGCUGUGCUGCGCGCCUGAGUCGGGCCUCGCCACGGGAUACCCGCCGCCCGGCGGCCGCAGCGUGCGGCUCAAGCUCUGGGCGGAUACGGCGAGCAAGCCGUCGGCGCUCAAGGCUUCCAAGGAGCUGCUGGCGACGGCGUGCGAGUCCGUGUCGGCGGCCGACGCCUUGUCAGCUCUACGCUGCGGCGCCUUCUCGUCUUCGGGCUCGGUAGAGUCCGGAGGAGGGGGCCGACCGGACUCGGUGCGCCGGCGCCGGACCCUGGAGUCCGAGGACUCCAGCUACGACUCAGACACCGAGAACCCCGGGGACACAACGUCGUCUACGCGGCAGCACGAGGACGUCUCCCGGACCGUAUCCGACACGCUAGGCGCAGAGUUCGCCGAAUACGUGACGGCAGGACCCCAGUACGCCAGCAGGCUCGAGUUCGCCGUCAAGCUGGGAUACACCGAGCAACAGGUGCAGCAGGCCCUUCGUCGGCUGGGCCCUCAGCCGGGCCAGAACGAGCUGUUGGCCGAGCUGGUGCGGCUGGGCGCUCGGGAACAGCCUGGCGACACGGCGGCAGCCCGAGCCGACGCGUCCGCGUCGCAGGCCGAGGACCCGCUCAGGCCGAUCGUCAUCGACGGAAGCAACGUCGCCAUGAGUCAUGGAAACAAGGAAGUGUUCUCAUGCCGAGGCAUCAAGUUGGCAGUGGACUGGUUCCGAGACAGGGGCCACACCAACAUCAGCGUCUUCGUCCCGAGUUGGCGAAAGGAAGCCUCACGUGCGGAGACUCCUAUUAAGGACCAAGAGAUCCUGCUGCAACUCGAGAAGGAGCGAUUGCUGUUCUUCACACCCUCGCGCAACGUGGGUGGCAAGCGUAUGGUGUGCUACGAGGACCGCUACAUUCUCAAGAUGGCUGCACAGACGGGUGGUGUGGUCGUGUCCAACGACAACUAUCGGGACCUGGUGGCCGAGAGCCUAGACUUCAAACGUGUUGUUGAAGAGCGCCUGCUUAUGUACACAUUUGUCAACGACAGGUUCAUGCCCCCUGACGACCCCCUGGGGCGGCAUGGGCCCUCCCUGGAUGCCUUCCUGCGCAAGAGUGGCACCCUGGCUCCCGAAGGACCCCCGAGCUGUCCGUACGGCAAGAAGUGCACGUAUGGCAACAAGUGCAAGUACUACCACCCCGAGCGGGGGAACCUGCCCCAGAAGUCGGUCACUGAGCGGCUUGCCGAGCAGGCCCGCCUGCAGCUGCAGGAAGUCAAGGCUCGCGGUGCCAUCAAGAGCCGCGACUCCUCCCCCGGUGGUGAGCUGCUGAAGACGAAAAGCCUGCCGCCUGGAACGAGUGAAACGAUGCUGCCCAAGAAGAAAGUGCCACUCUCGCGGACAAAGUCGUCAGUGCCGUCUCUGUUGGGUGCUGACCUGUUGGAGGCUGACGGUGGAGGCCACUUGUCCGUGGCUAAGCGGCUCUCUGAUCCGGACUCGGGACUCGGAGCGUUCUCGCUGCCCAAAGGCAGUCCCGUACUGUCGCCUGGCGGUGCGAGCAGCGCUGAGGACACUCUGGGCAGUGGAAACCUCCACCGCAAGCUCCAGCGGCAGCUGACGCUCAACCCAGCGUUUGACCCGCGGCUGUACCAGAUGCGAGCCGCAGUGUCGUCGGGCCUCGUUCCGCCACCUGCGGUGAGCCUGGCGGACGCUGUGCACGGCCGCGCUGGAAGCCACGAGAACCUCCAGCAUCGAGCCCUCGGACGGCUGGCAAGCGACUCCGGCUUGGUCGCCGUGGCUGGCGGAGGGUGGGGCUCUCUGCCAGGGGCACACACCGAGGUGACGCGCAUUGCCAGUGCCCCGGACACGACACGGCAGCAACGGUCACAACAAGGGGCCGGCAUUCAGCGCCUCAGUAGCACAUCCGACACCAGGUUGGACGCAUUCCCGCUGGCGGGUGCGGCCACACCGCUGCCCCCUGGUCCCCCAUUCCCAUCUUUCUCGGCCCUGACUGGCACCGGUGGCUGGGGGGCCCUGCCGAUGGGCAGGCCACCCCCGCCGCUUGAAGUGGGUGCACUGCCGCCAGACACGGCCAGCCCCCGUUAUCGCCUCUACUACCACCUGUCGUCCAUCUUUCCUGAGGAGCAGGUGCGUGCCGCCAUGGACCUUUGCCCUGAGGAGACCAACCCGCAGAAGGUGUGCGCCGCCAUCCUCGCCAUGUUCCCCAAGGGUUAACCACUCCUUGGCAGAUGGAUAGUAUUGCCAUUUUUGUUUCUUGCCAGGGCACGGUGUUGCAGAGUUGGGUGGAUUGUGCAUUGCUGCAGUCUUGUUUCUCUGCCACCACAGUUCCUCAGUCCUGGGAGCACUUCCUAAUCGGGAGGACGAAACGCUCCACUCGAAUGUUGCGGUGGCAAUGGUUGUUGUGUGCGGUGCCUCUCAGAGAAUGCCGCAAAUGUAAGUGAGUGUGCGUGUACAGCUGUCCCCCGACGACCUCCAAGCCCAAGUUCUGGUUGGCAUCUGUUCUAGAAGACCACUGCAGGAAAUUUCAAUGUUCCUGUCAGUGAGCCUGCAAGUGUCUACAACCUAUUUCAUGGGUGUGAGGAUAUCUCCCCUGGGGCAGCUCAAAGGAAGCUUCCCUGUUUAGCCCAUUGUACGUGAUGCUCUCAGGUAUGUUUGCAUAGGAAGGGUUUAUUCACAUUUUUCUCUUCGAAAAGUCUGCGCUUGCAUUGUGUUGAUCUGCAGCGCACUGUCAGCACAGUCCCUGUCAUUUCCUGCACUCGUUCAGACCGAGGCUGUUACCAUUAAUGUGAGGCCCAGUCGUGACAAAGGUGUGCAGAGAUUUGUUAAUAGCAAGGUGUAGUGAACAAUACUGUCUGAGCCAUAUUAUUUAUUAAGUAGUGCACGAGCUACGUUUGCUGUUGGGCUUGACUCUAAUGAAUCAAACGGCGCAAGUAAACGACCAGGACCCAGAAUGGGAACACACAAGAGCAUUGUUGUGUGUUCCCGUUCUGUGUCCUGGGAUGCAAUCGCAGAAUGAUGCCUUUUCCGAUGCCAAUGCUUUUCAUGCUUUUCGCGCUUGCCAGUGGUCAGAGCAAUGGUUCGUCCGCGUUAUCAACGGGAUCAGCUAGCCGCGAGUGGUGGAUGAUAAGAAUAGCAUAGAAUAAAGCAUAAGCUCCACAAUAGCAUGCCUGGUCGCUUAAGUGCGCUGUUUGAUUCAUAAUGCUAUACCAACAAGCCCAAAUUCUCAAUAUUGUAAACUUGACCAUUAGCUGUGACAUGUUGAGUCAUUGAUAGACGCAGCCUAACUACACUCGGCAGCGUGCAUUCACACCCUCACUGGCAGCACACCGACGGUACUGUUGGCCACAUACUUGAGCACUGCUCUCAAAGACGUCUUGUUUGCUCGCCAUAUCACACUGCAGCUUGGUGCACGUUUGUCCAACAAAAAGGCACCAUACUUGCAGUUGAUUAACCCUGCAAAUCAGGUUUGCAUUCGCAACCUGAUCUCUACGGCCUUGGCCGUCAUUGUUGUCUACAUUCCUCCUCACCUGUGCACAGGGGGCAACACAGCCCAUUGAAUCAGACACAGCUUCAAAAUUGAUGCCAUGUUCUGUGGUGCAAUGCCAAAUCUGAUGUGGCAUUCCAACAUAUGACAUGUUCUCGGUGCCUAGUGAGCUUGGAAACAAUCUUGUUGAUGUGUGAACACUCCUUAAUGAUACCUAGGCACAGCAAGCUCUGAAGCCUAUGCGUUUGUGGCCACAAAUGCAGUCACUUCGCUGUACAUUGGGUGGAUAGAGAGGACUUGAUUGAGCCUUUUGUGGACAAAAUGUCUUUUGUGGAGGAGUGACAUCUUCAGUGGCUGUGCCAUGUUUUCUUGUCAUUAGCUGAGCAGUAGGUGUUGGGACAUCAUGCUAACAGUUGCCAUAUGUGAUCUUCCGGGGGUGGGCAAAACACUCAUAGGCGUCUCGUGAAAUCAAAGUGGACUGUUGCCAAAAAAAUCUCCAGGGGCAUGCAAACUUUUGCAAAGGUUUGCUUUUUUUUUUUUGCUAGGAGGGAACAUUUCUCAGUGGUUUGUUUUCUGCUUGCAAGUUCUUGUGCCAUCUUUCUGAUACGUUGCCUCAUGAACAGAACUGCAAGUUGAAAGUUAGCUUCUUUUCCAUGUUGGCGGGUUUUGGCCUGGCUUUUCUCUCACCUUCACUUUGGAGGACCAGUACAUAACAAUGGAUGUUGCAUUGCUACUGCCACAGUAAUGCGUCGGAGACGAGUUUUUCAAAGUUGACAUACACAUACAAACAGCGUCGCUAUUUUUUUCCUUUCUCUUUCUUACGGCAGGCCUUCCAUGGUCAUUUUUACAUUUGUACGUCGUGUCUCUCGUGUCAGAUGUGCAAUGCGUUUUGCUGUCGGCACAUCUUGCAAUUUUUUAUGGCAAGUGUUUCCAUUCUCUCUGAUGCCCCAGAUUAACAUUCUGAUGCAAGAGUUCUGCUAACAUGCAACUUUGGCUGUGUGCAAGAAUUAAUGGGAAUCUCUUACGAGUCUGCUGUAAUGCUGCAUAUAGGUGCUUUCCUUGAAUGCAGCCGACAAAGCGGCUAGACAAAGUGGUUCAUUCACAAGGGCUGAAACAUCCGAGAGGGCAGUUUGUUACAAAAUGCUGGGGCCCUUGUCUUCAGGCACAGGCAGCGCAUUGAUGAGUCUUGUAUGUCCUGGCUGAGAAGAGGCAGGCCACGGGUUUCAAAUCCUGCCACCGCUGGCUACCAAUCGGUAGAAGUGGGUGCGAGCAUGCCUUGGUUUAGCACCGAGCUGUUCUUUGGGGUACCAACCGCUCGAGGACGCACCGCUUCCCCAGUCGAAACAGUGUGAAAAGCUGACUUGGGCAAAGGGUAUAGCAGGGUUUUUAUGCUUAAUUUUUAGUAAGAUGAGGUAUUGGGUGGGUUGUGUAACGGGUGAACUAACUGAACAGAACGGUUGUCGAGGGAGUACAGCGGGGAAAUAUGUUGUGUGAUGAGUGUGGGAAAGCUGCAUCUCGAGGCUUGGUCAUGUCUCACAUCCAGCAGCGCACAGGACGAAACACAGAGAGGGUGAAGUAAAGCCCCUGAAACUUUGUACGCUUUGGCACUCCUCUCCGAGGCAGAGUUUGUUUUUGCUCUCGUUUGCCAUUGGUGCUCCAGAUAUCUCUGGGUGCUGGCGCAUGUAUCAUGUGUAGGCAUCGUUGCUGCUCCAUGCGUGUUGUCUUGCAACAUUGUUUACAAGAUUGGCAUCACUUUUCAUCGCCAUGAGUGGGUGCUGCACUUUCGGAGGCCGAAACAGAUUUCACAAUAGCAAAAAGCUCCUCGUGACACCAUGCUGUAGGCACAACAAGUUACAAGGAAAGACAUUGGAAUGGAGAAAUUCAGGCCGAUAUCUUUGACUCGAGUUAAUUAAGUUAUGAGUUUGUUAAUGCUUGUUGGUGGGCUAGUUUGUUCUCAAGCAUUGUAAUGAAAGACAGGGACGGAAAGGGUCACACACAGGAGCGCUCAUGUGUGUGCCCCUUUUCGUCCUCCUGCGCGGUUACAAAGUUAUGAGUAUCUCAGCGUAGUACAUUUCACGGUUUGCACAAUUUGCUGCGUGCUAUAACAUUGUAAACAGGUUAAAUUUCACUGAGCACGUCAGUGUUUCUCUUGGCCGCUCUAGGCCAGCUUCCACGGGAUCUUUACUUUGUAUCACUGUCUGCUUUUUGUGUGCUUAACACAUAGAGUUUCAUACUAUAUAACCUAGAGGGUAAUCUGGUGACAGCCAGAUACGUCCCACUUUUCCGUCUGCAGAAAAAAUGUUCUCCCACAUCACCCAUUGAAAUUAAAGCAACGUUAAGUCUUACCAGAGUCUUUGUAACUUUCGAGGAAAAUUCUUUUACCACGCUUUCGAAGGACGAAAGUAGUGUUACAAUGGUGUUGAAUUUCUAUCAAUCUUUUAUGAUAGGUUUUGAAUUUUCCUCUUCUUCAGAUAAAAAGAACCUACCAAUCUAAAUGUCGGAUAAUUUCCUCUUUUUCUGGUUUUUCAGAGGCGAUUUUAGCUCCCAGUCAGCACGUGUUUUUGUAAAUUUGCGCAAUAACUUGACCGAUAAAUGCAUCAAAACGCAGUCCCCUGCGAAAUUGCCACGCUCAGCGUAAUUGCGGAUAUUAGUGCUUGGAAAUAUUUUUGUUGAUAUCAUAUACCUCUCACAGCCAAAGCAAAGGCAGGCAAAUGGACAAAAUAAAAUGGUUGGUGCAUGUGGUGAAGUAAGCUUUACAGGAACAGACCACGGGGCUAUCAAGGCUCGCAAGAGGCGCAGGUGUUGUUCUACUGCUGGAAAUGAAGUCCGCACAAUGGCCGAAGCAAGCAGUACAGAGUACCACUUGCUUCGGCCGUUUCAUCCCAAAUACCCAUUGAUGAAAUUGCGAGAUGGUGCCUUCGUGAGUCAGUGGGACCAUGUUCUCCCACUUUUUGAAAACACUCUCACGAGUCAGUGGGACACAUAUGUCCCACUUUUUUUCAAUAAACUACUCGCUUGAUUUUGAUGAAAUUUGCUGUAUACUAUUUCUUUGCAGUUUUUAUCAGUAUACCACAGCCGGUUUUUAUAUCAUCGUUUCAAAAAUAUAGGCAAACCUACAAAGGGUUUCGUACCGCGCGCAGCAGGUGCAUCCUCCUGCAAUACCUACGGUGUUCUCUGGUGUGGGUGCGUGUUGGGGUGUCUUUGUUGUUGAAAGUGGCUGGAACGCACUAGGUUUGCUGCGACUUUGUGGCUUUACAGGUUGCAUUUGACAGUUUUAGCAAAGCGUCGUUCACUCACCGGUACGCACUGAUGUAGUGUCCCAAAAUCUACGCAGUUCCCUGCAUAGAUUACUUUUAUAUAUAUAUAAUUGCGCCUUGCCAAGGCGCCGUCAACUUGGCUGCCAAACGACAACGAAACAAAGUGGACGCACCGCCAUGCUCCGCCAGCGUGAGUGUGAGCCAUGCGUAUACAAGGAUCAACUCCGCUGAAUCUGCUUUACAGUGGAGGGAGAGAUGCGUUGUACGUACCGCUGCUCUCACAAUCGUUCAGCACACGGGCAGACGCACCUGGCGUCUCAGCAAAAAUAUGUUUAGUGUUUCUCGCUCAAUACAGUAUUUCUAAUUUCCAUUAAUAAAUUUGUACUUUCGAGAGAAAAACACACAUGUUUGUUCUCACUGUUGUUAAAAAAAUAAUUCGUGAUUGGUAAUGCGAAAUCUGGAAUGCAAUUGCAAAGCAAUGCAUAAUACCCUGGUGGAAAUUUGUAUCGGUUUCGCUUUAAUCUCACGGUCACGUAAACUUGCUCCAAUGAAUUUUACAUACGGAAGAAUUAAGUUAGCCAAGCUUUAAUUUCAUAUCAUUUUGUUUAAAGCUCAGUAAACCAGCGUUGCGAACCUGAAGAAUGAAAUCCAUCCGAAGCAGACCUGAGGCGUGUACUUCCCAUCAUUCCCAUGGUGGUUGAAGCGCCGCUCAAGGAGCCCGCGUAGACGCUAGCACCGAUGCCCCUCUAGGUAGUAUAGUAUGGAACUCUAUGGCUUAAUGUUAUACAUGCCAAAUGGCUCAAAGUCGUGGUUAUACUUUGUGUGCCCAACAUUAUAAACGCCGACUUACUAAUUUACGGGCAGGCAUGGGCAGGUCCGAGAAUCGGUUUAUGGUACUUUAGAAACUCAGCCCAAUUUUUGUUUUUUUAUGACAAAACAUGGGGCUCAGGUGUGAAAUCUCACCCCAGGAUUGCACAUUUGUGCCUCUUUUUACAGCUAAUUGGGCUUUUUGGCUCUUUAUCCCUGACGGUGCAAUUGGGAGAGAAAAGUAGAUUACGUACCUUUGCAUAAGGUGUGAGCCCGACCGAGAUACGUGGCGGAAUCGUUGCCAGACAAUGGCACAAGCCUUGGACGUACGAUUUCGCACCGCACACUGCUGUUGACGUUGAUGCGUUAAAACAAUAAUAGUGCCCACCAUCUGUGCGUGUCUGCAUGUUUGGUACAAACAUUGGCAUGUAAGCAGUACUGAAGCUGUAACACCCUUCCGAAUUUUUGGCGCAGCUGCCACUCGUGCUUCCUGCCAGCCUUCGUGAGUCAUAACUGAUAUACCCUGCAAAUUCACCUGGCAAGAUCGACGAGGAUUAUCUAGGUUCCAGAGGGUUUGCCGUAUACCAUGAUGUAAACGUUCAGUCUUGAAUGUAUAAUUUACAACGAUUCGCAACAGGACCUGGUGAUACGGACUCUUCACAAAAGUUGCGCACUGAAUUGUAGCGUGCACAGUACCUUUGGACAUGUCAUGGGCCACCGUUACGCCAGUUGAGACACUUUCAUUGCAGCAGAAUAGCUGUCAAAACAGUAGAAAAGUGCAGUUAAUAUACGGAGAAAUUUUGUGCCGUGAAUGAGAUGCUAGAAUGCAAGUGUGAAUUGUAGUGCGCGCUCUGCGAAAUGUCUGCUGUGCUGGUAAUGCUCGACGUCCCCACGUGGGAGGCCUAGGCCAAGGAACUUAAAUUGCUGGUUGAUAAUAAAGUUUAUUCCUCCCUCCCUGGUAAUGCUGGCGCAGUGCUGGUAGUGCCACAGUCGUAGAGGGAGAACAGGGUGUCGCUACUGGACCAAGUUUUAGGGGCUUCAGGAUGAAACGACCUCGCAUUGCGGCCACUGCUGCCAUUUUUCAUGCCACAUUCUGAGCAUGCCUAUUGACUAGUGCGUAGAAGAGUGAAGCAGCAUACUUUGUGACAUCACUGCCAGGGUUGACAGUAAGCUUGCCUUGAACACCAGAGUGUUUGCACCUAAUACGCUGCAGCGUUUGAUGUGAUAUCUGCAGAUGCUGAGCUGACCGAAGAGAUAAGGAUUUGAAAGACCUUUUUUUUUUUUAGAAUGCACCAAUGAAGCGAGUGUUGUGUACAGCUGCUGGGCCUUGGCGUUCAGAGCACCCUUGUGAUGAGAUUACUUCGCAAUCCACUCCAUCCCAACUGCAAAAAUAAUAAUAAUCGAGGGUCGUGUACAGCACAGCAGCCCUCCUCUAUCUAGAGUGCGGCUCUGCAGUUUUUUGCACUGUGUCUUGGGCUGAACAAAGCAUUGUGUGAAUGUGUGCGAGUUUGUACAUUUAUAUGCUUACACUGCGUCACAAAAGAAUACUAUGAGAUAGGAAUUACCAAUGUUUGUUAUUGUGUAUACAAGUGUUGUCUUUGGUGGUUGCACAUUUUUUUAGAAGCAAGUGGCUGUUCUCAACAUGCUUGUCGAGUAUGAACAUUGUAAGAUGAGGAUUUCAGACAUUCCUUGGACGAGCACGAGUUGCAUUCCCAAGUCUGUUGACAGGUUUUGUUGAAACAGUUGCAUUAGCUGGCAUGAUACAAAAAAAUCUUUGUACACUGGGCAAAAGUAAGCAAGAAAAUAUGAAGCGCUCCUUUAUGUGUACAGCUUGAACCAUGUUGGCAUUGCCACAUAGUUGAAUUACAAAUUUGUGCCUACAUAGUUUGGAACAGAUGGGCGUGCCAUGUGCAUGUACAGAUAGCAAGAAUUGUGGCAAAGCAGCACCAUAGGGAUGUCACUUUGCCAUAGCCUUGUGUUUUUUGUGGACUAAAUGAUAAUUUCCCCUGCGUGAUCACCUGUGCCAGACAUGCUUUUGUCAUUUAAUUUAACAGUCAGAUGUGAUGAAUGUGCUAACAGGCUUGUUCUGCAACAAGGUCAAAAACAUGCCUCUUACUUUAUGCCAACAGUUUGUGUGCCAUGUUAUCAGUGUUACACAUGGGUUGGUGUUGUUCAUUCCUUCUGUUAGCCUCCCAUCCGUUCUGCACUGUCCUCCUUGACAUAGUGGCUGCACUACCAAUGGUUGUGUGCAGCUAAGCCCAUGACUCAGCAUUAUUUUGCAUAUCAUUCUGUUGAUACCCGUGAUGGCUGGUAAUUACUCUAGUUUCGGUAGCUUUCUCUCAGUUCAGGAAGAAAGCUGUUAAUUUUCUACAGUUUUGGCGUGAGCAGUCCCGUGAAAAAAACAGGAGAUGGCACUUCCGAUGUGAAGAAGAUUAUGGAUUGCCUUUCUCAAGUGCUGCGAAUCUAUCCUCUGACCUGCACCAUGAAAUGGUUUUGAUGAUACAACAGGCUUUUCAAUUAGGACAUUUUGCAGCAAGGGCUGGAUGAUCUGCUUUUUUCUUACCAUGAUUCUUAUUAUUUCUCUUAAGUGCUAUUUAUUACACCUCGAUGAAGCGAUCCAAGCCAUUUUGUAAUCCAAGGGAUUGUGUGUAGACAGCCUGUGAAGAAAAUUUGUGCCAGCCCUCUUAGUUGUUUUAUCUGGGAGGUUUGAACCUCUGAAGAAAGAAAAUGUUUGCAUUGACUACGAAGGCUAUUCUUUUUUUCAAGGUCCGAUCAGUUGCUAAAUAAAAACCAGAGUGAAAAUUAAAACUGCUUUACCUGGACAUACCAGCUACUUCUCUACAUAGUUGCUGUUUCAGCGUGGCACCCGCUUUCCUGUACCCUCCUUUCAGAAGGUCUCUGCUUUCAACCAGUUCUGCAGCUUGCUGUCCUCCCAGCACGUGAGCAAAGAGAU